AUGGCAGCACAAAAUAAAGUUGAAAGUGAAUCGGAGGAAAUGCCGGCUGCGAACGCGACCGACCCCGGCACCGAGCAGAAGGAUCGCCUCAUUGCAGCCGUGAAGAAGGAAGUUAAGCAGUUAAUGGAAGAGGCGGUCACUCGCAAGUUCGUUCACGAGGAGAGUGGCGGAGUCACAGCGCUAUGCGGUGCGGUGGAAGCUUGCCUCGGUCAAGGGCUCCGUAGGCGGGCACUUGGCCUGUUCAAGACCAGCUCCACUACGGCACUACUGCACAAGAUUGCUAAGCACUGCCCGGAGGCGGCGCUUGUGUCGGCCCGUGUUCUCGCCGCCGAGGGCGCUCCGGCCACGCGCUCAGCGUCCGGUGUGGAGCGCCGCCCUUCAGCGCCCCGCCCGCCCCUCAACAAGCGGGGCUCUGGAUCCCUGCUCUCGCAGCCGCCGUCACAGUCUAGAUAUCUAUGGAUACGCAUUGCGUUAUUCGAGAGACAGCUGCCUAAGAUAAUAGAGCACUUGGUGAACAACGCGACGAGGUAUUACGAGCGUGACGCCUUGGUAGCCGAUCCCGAUUAUGGGAGCAUUCUUAGCUCCCUGCUGGUCGGCCCUUGUGCCCUGGAGUAUUCGAAGGCGAAAGCCCCUACGUGCUUUUGGUCGGACCCGCCCGCCGAUGAGCUGGUUCAAAGGCAUCGCAUGUCCGCUGGCACGACGACACCGCCGUCAGUGCGUCGGCCGAUCCUAAACUUCCGGAGGAGUCUCAACGCUUCUUCCGACGAUACUGGUGCUUCCAGUACAGCAACGGGCAUCGCGACCGGGUCUAGCGCCAAAGACUACGUCGAAAGCUUACAUCAAAACUCCCGGGCCACAUUGUUAUAUGGAAAAAACAACGUGCGCGUGCAACCGAAAGACGUAGAAGAACCAAUGCCUGGGUAUUUGAGCUUGCACCAAACGGCGGCCGGUCUCGUCAUAAAGUGGACACCUAAUCAGCUUAUGAACGGAUACGCAGAGAGUGAAGGCAUAGACAAGAGAGGUGUGUCUAGUUUCCGAUGCCACCUAGUGCAUGCGUCCGCCUGCCAACACAAGUGUAUUAUGUGCAGCGUGACAGACGUGUGCUCAGUGUACAGGCGACGCUGUGCCGGCCCGCUCUGCAUCGAUUGCGUGUAUUGGGCGAUGUCGCUGCAGGUGUGUGUGUGGGAGGUGGUAUACGUGCACGUCCACCGCGCAAACGCCAGCGAUGCCCUCAUACUGGUCGGCCAGGACGGAGUCCAACGACCUCCCAUACACUUCCCCAAAGGAGGCCAUUUGCUGUCGUUUCUAAGCAACUUGGAGACUGGUCUAUUACCUCAUGGCCAGUUGGAUCCUCCUCUAUGGUCACAACGAGGCACUGGCAAGGUAUUUGGCCGGGGAAAAGUACGCCGUCGGCCGAUGCCCAGCCUCUGUGAGAGUGGGGAGACCGACGAGGCGGAAUGGGAGGAGGCGGCCGGUGAUUACGUCUUCCGUAUCGUCAACAACGCCAUCGCCGACAGGGAAGCAAUGCGCCACUCGUUGCUGGAGAGGGCAGUACAGUCGCCACCGAGGACACCGCGCCGUCCCCUCGCCUCUACUUCCACGACCUCUUCGGAUUCCUCCACAAUGUCCGUAGAUUGUCCACCGUCCGCCAGCAUCAAUGGCCCACCGUUAACGCCCGCUCUGAUACCUCCAGUCGAACAGGCUGCAUCGAUCGAGCUAGUCUGCAGCACGAUGCGUCGACAGAUCAUCUCCCGGGCGUUUUACGGCUGGCUGGCGUACUGCAGACACUUGUCGACAGUUAGAACACAUCUGAGUGGCUUGGUGCAUCCAAAUAUCAUACCUAGUGAUGGCGCUGAAUCUGGUCUCACGGAGGAGAUCUGGCGCUCCAUGACAGACGAGCGAGGCGCCGUCCACGACGGGGACGAAGUUCAUCGGCUCGUGUAUUACGGCGGCGUACAGCAGAGCAUACGCCGCGAAGUCUGGCCCUACCUCCUGGGUUACUACGAGUUCGGUUCAACGGCGGAGGAGAGGAGUGGGCAGGACGCGACGUGCCGGCGUCAGUACGAAACGACCAUGUCGGAGUGGCUCUGCGUGGAGGCGAUCGUGAGGCAGCGAGACCGCGAAGCGACUGCGGCGUCCAUCGCCCGUCUCACCGAGGCGGCCGGCAAGUCCAGGCCGCCAGACGCCGUGGACCCCGGCGAGGUGUUUGAAGAUGACUGCAGUGUUAUAUCGGACAACCCACCUAUCGUUUCACCAGAACCGAGUGAAAAGGAACAGCAUAAACCAGAUUUCAAACCAGUGCUUUCCCGAGCACCGAGCAUAGACGAAAUAGAUAAUAUAGAUCUGGAUUCGGAGGAAAAGGGAAGGAGCGAUGCAAAAGUGAACGGAGAGACUGAAACGGGUGAUAGUGUUGAGCAUUUAGAUGUAGACAGUCUGACUGACAUCGACGAUGACGAGGUAUAUGUUAAGAGUGUCGUGGAAAACCCAGAUAUGAGGCGGGAGAGUAUAGCAGAAAUUAAAAGGCUUGCCGAAGGCAUUGUCCAAAAAGGAGACGGCAGGGGCUUGCUAUGUAGCGUUGAUAGUGGGAAUAUGACUCUAAACGGUAACGACUUAAGGUCCUCAAUUGAUGAAAGUCAACCGCAGCAGUCGCAACAACAACACACUAGCGUCAUAAUCACGAACCCAUCUGUAGAUUUGGCUCCUUCUGGAUCACCUGUAUCAGGUGGCACUACGGCUAAUGUGAGUCCGGCCCGAAGUCCGCUGGGCGUGGUGCGCGAGGAGUCCCACUCUGCGGGCGCGUCGUUUGACACGCUGGAGCCGAGCGGUGCCGAUCCGAAGCCCGACAACCGAUCCAAUUGUGUGUCCCCAGCCAGCUCCAAUGGCGGAGUUUACUCCAAUGAAUUGGUGGAGACAUUUGCGCUAAAUUUACACAGGAUAGAGAAAGACGUUCAAAGGUGUGAUAGGAACUAUCCGUUCUUUACUGACGAGAAUUUAGACAAAUUGAGAAAUAUAAUGUGCACGUACGUAUGGGAGCACUUGGAGACGGGCUACAUGCAGGGGAUGUGCGACUUAGCAGCGCCACUGCUGGUGACGAUGCGCGAAGAGGCGGCCGCGCACGCGUUGUUUGCGCGCCUGAUGCAGCGCGCGCGCGACAACUUCCCCUCGGGGCAGGCGAUGGACGCGCAUUUCGCGGACAUGAGGUCCCUCAUCCAAAUCUUGGACUGCGAGCUGUACGAGCUGAUGCACGCGCACGGCGACUACACACACUUCUACUUCUGCUACCGAUGGUUCCUGCUGGACUUUAAGCGGGAGCUUCUAUAUCAAGACGUGUUCUCAGCGUGGGAGCUCAUAUGGGCUGCGCGGCAUGUCGCCUCUGAGCACAUGGUGCUCUUCAUCGCUCUCGCUCUGCUGGAGACGUACCGUGACGUCAUCCUCGCCAACUCCAUGGACUUCACGGACAUCAUCAAAUUCUUCAACGAAAUGGCGGAGCGUCAUGAUGCGUCCGGACUGCUCUCCCUUGCCCGAGAUCUAGUUUUACAGGUUCAAACAUUAAUAGAAAACAAA